GCCACACUUACAAUAAGAAAAAGGCAGUUAUUUUAAAACAUGUCUUACUGCGUAAUCACCUGGUUCAGCUCUGUUGUCUACGGAAGCCGGCAGGAAUCAAACAGGUCACCCGGCUUGAUCGCAAGGCAUGCAAUCUCUGUCAUACACAAGCUAGCGUAACAAAUACACAGACCUACAGAGACUGUCGCGUUUUUUUUACACAGUCACACAGAUAGCUGCGAUAUUUUGUUUAAUGUUAGUUUUUUACAGCGUGACUGCACUCUUUUCCGUACAAAUAUAAAACCAGCAUACCGGAGUAACCAGAAUGGAGUGGCAGCCAGACGAACAGGGUCUGCAGCAAGUGCUUCAGCUGCUCAAAGAUUCCCAGUCCCCAGAUACAGCCACUCAGAGAGCUGUGCAAGAAAAACUGGAGCAGCUUAACCAGUUCCCUGACUUCAACAACUAUCUCAUCUUUGUCCUCACAAGCCUCAAGUCUGAGGAUGAACCCACUCGCUCUCUCAGUGGUCUGAUUUUGAAGAACAAUGUGAAGGCUCACUACCAGAACUUCCCCCCUAACGUGGCGGACUUCAUCAAACGAGAAUGCCUCAACAACAUCGGAGAUCCGUCGCCGCUUAUCAGAGCUACGAUCGGGAUUUUGAUCACAACCAUAGCCUCUAAAGGAGAGCUGCAGACUUGGCCGGAGCUCUUGCCUCAACUUUGCAAUCUGCUCAACUCUGAGGACUACAACACCUGCGAGGGUUCUUUUGGAGCGCUGCAGAAAAUCUGUGAGGAUUCGUCCGAGCUGUUGGACAGCGACGCUCUGAACAGACCCCUCAACAUCAUGAUCCCCAAGUUUCUCCAGUUCUUUAAGCACUGCAGCCCCAAGAUCAGAUCCCACGCUAUCGCUUGUGUGAACCAGUUCAUCAUUGGACGAGCUCAAGCUCUGAUGGAUAACAUUGAUACUUUUAUUGAGAGUCUGUUUGCCCUGGCUGGUGACGAAGACAGUGAGGUGAGGAAGAACGUCUGCAGGGCUCUGGUCAUGCUGCUGGAAGUUCGCAUCGACCGCCUCAUCCCACACAUGCACAGCAUCAUCCAGUACAUGCUGCAGCGAACGCAGGACCCCGAUGAGAACGUGGCUCUGGAAGCCUGCGAGUUCUGGCUCACUCUGGCUGAGCAGCCCAUCUGUAAAGAGGCCCUGUCUGGACACUUGGUCCAACUGAUUCCUAUCUUGGUGAAUGGGAUGAAGUAUUCAGAGAUCGACAUCAUCCUCCUAAAAGGAGACGUCGAAGAGGACGAGACGAUUCCCGACAGCGAGCAGGACAUCAAGCCUCGCUUCCACAAGUCUCGCACCGUGACUCUGCAACACGAGGGCGGGGAGGGCGAGGAGGGCGAGGACAUAGACGAUGACGAGGAUGAUGACGACGACACGUUGUCUGAUUGGAAUCUUCGAAAAUGCUCGGCUGCGGCUCUGGAUGUUCUGGCCAACGUGUUUCGUGAGGAGCUGCUUCCACAUCUCCUGCCUCUGCUCAAAGGCCUGCUGUUCCAUCCUGACUGGGUCAUCAAGGAGUCUGGCAUCUUGGUGCUUGGCGCCAUCGCUGAGGGCUGCAUGCAGGGAAUGGUUCCCUACUUGCCAGAGCUGAUUCCUCAUCUCAUCCAGUGCUUAUGCGACAAGAAGGCUCUGGUGCGCUCCAUCGCCUGCUGGACGCUGAGUCGCUACGCCCACUGGGUGGUUAGCCAGCCCCCCGACGCCCACCUCAAGCCCCUCAUGACCGAGCUUCUCAAACGCAUCCUGGAUGGGAACAAAAGGGUGCAGGAGGCGGCGUGCAGCGCCUUCGCCACGCUGGAGGAGGAGGCGUGCACGGAGCUGGUGCCGUACCUCAGCUUCAUCCUGGACACGCUGGUUUUCGCUUUCGGGAAAUAUCAGCACAAGAACCUGCUGAUCCUCUACGACGCUAUAGGAACGCUGGCUGAUUCUGUGGGACACCACCUCAACCAGCCUGAGUACAUCCAGAAGCUGAUGCCGCCUCUGAUAGCCAAAUGGAACGAGCUGAAGGACGAGGACAAAGACCUCUUUCCUCUGCUGGAGUGUCUGUCGUCGGUUGCCACGGCGCUGCAGAGCGGCUUCCUCCCGUACUGCGAGCCUGUGUACCAGCGCUGCGUGACCCUGGUCCAGAAGACGCUGGCUCAGGCCAUGAUGUACAGUCAGCAGCCAGACCAGUACGAAGCACCAGAUAAGGACUUCAUGAUUGUGGCCCUGGAUCUAUUAAGCGGCUUGGCUGAGGGCCUCGGGGGCCACGUCGACACGCUGGUGGCCCGCAGCAACAUCAUGACCCUGCUGUUCCAGUGCAUGCAGGAUACGAUGCCUGAGGUGAGGCAGAGUUCAUUUGCUCUGCUGGGUGACCUGACCAAGGCCUGCUUCCCUCACGUCAAACCGUGUAUCGCUGAAUUUAUGCCGAUCCUCGGGACAAAUCUGAACCCAGAAUUCAUCUCCGUGUGCAACAACGCCACCUGGGCCAUAGGGGAGAUCUGCAUGCAGAUGGGAGUGGAGAUGCAGCCAUACAUAGCUAUGGUUCUGAACCAGCUGGUUGAGAUCAUUAACCGACCCAACACACCCAAAACCCUGCUGGAAAACACAGCCAUCACCAUAGGCAGACUGGGUUACGUUUGCCCUCAGGAGGUCGCCCCCAUGCUGCCGCAGUUUAUCCGACCCUGGUGCACGUCUCUCCGCAACAUCCGAGACAACGAGGAGAAAGACUCUGCCUUCCGAGGGAUUUGCAUAAUGAUCGGUGUGAAUCCUGGAGGCGUGGUGCAGGAUUUCAUCUUCUUCUGUGACGCCGUGGCCUCCUGGGUGAACCCUAAAGAUGAUCUGAGAGACAUGUUCUACAAGGUAUGUAGCAGGAUAACCCAGGCAAGAUUCAACAUCUUAUGUCGCAUUCUGCAGUUGAGGGAUUAACCUGCAAACACAAAC